AUGGCGGAUUGCCCCUAUGCCCGCUGCAUACAGGAACGCAGACAUAUCCGACGGGAGCUGCUGCGAUGGACAAAGAAUAUGGUCUUCGUAGUCGGUCUGGAACGGGUAGCGGAGGAGUUGAUGGGCCGUAGGAGAUGGAAGCAAUACCAGGACACCCUGUACAGCGGCACCCGCAGCAGCGAAUCACAGCCCCACCAUCGGCUUUACCCGGCGUUGUCGUCGUCCUGCAACCCAAUACCCGGGAGCCUGGACCAGAUUGGGCCGCAGCUGCAUCAACCGGCACCCACGUCGUUGCCGUCGACGGUGCUGACGACGGCGACGACCACGACGACGACGACGACGCUCGCGACCGGCGUGGUGAAGCAGGAGAGUCUGCAGAGGCAUCAUCUGCAGAACCAUCACCAUUUACCCACGCCGGUUCAGGACCAUCUACAACAGCAGGAGGAUUCGCGCCGUCUGAGGCCGGGCGACGUCAAGAGCGAGGCCGCCGACGAGGAGCCCACAGACGGUGCCGCGCGGGAAGACACCUCGACGAGGACGACGGACACGGCGACGUCGACGACGGCGACGGCGACGGCGGAAGUAGCGACAACGACGGCAACGGCGACGACCAUCGGCAUCGCGACGACCACGUCGACAACGACAACGGCGACCGGCACGACGACGAUAGCGACGAGACGGCGACGUGGACGCCGGCAAAACGACGGGGAGGACGUCGACGGGGAGGAGGAGGGCGACGAGAACGACGAGGAGACGGGACGGGGCCAGAACGAGGCGGAGAAACGGCUCAAGCUCGACGAGGACGCCGACAGGUCGGCGGUCAGCCCUCUCAGAACGGAGAACGAUCGUGCGACUCGGGAUCAUCCGACUGCCAACGCUACCGACACGGAAGGGACCAAGGAACGAACGGAGGAAAUCGCGUUGGAGCGGGCACCGGUAACGCAGGGCUUACUGAGGGUAAAGAAAGAGGAGGAGCUGCAGGAGGUACCGGGUUCUGGUGGCGGCACCACGAUACUGACGACGCCGGCGACGGACUCGGAAGGGACCAGGUCGGGGCUGUUAUGCCGCGACGGGAACGCGGCCGCGACAAGCGUCGCGACGCCCUUUCUCCUUGGAAGACGCACGAGCCCGCCGCCGGAGGACUGGAAGCCGCUCGACAAGUGUUACUUCUGCCUCGACGGCAAGCUACCCCACGACGACCAGCCGCCCCUUAGCCCGCAGAGCGACAGUAGCAGCAGCUCGCGAUCGGCGGAGUCACCGGCGUCGGUCCAGGUGGACCCGAUGGCGGCGUCCGUGGUCGCCGCCGCUCUCAGCGGCACUUACCCCACCUUGCUGCCCCAGUGGUGCUUACCGCCGAGGGAGGCGCCCCUCGUUGGGGUGCAGACCCAUCAGGACAGCGCCGCGGCGGCCGAUCAACCGCUCGAUCUCUCGGCCAAACCCAGAAAUUCUCAGGACAACAACAUAUCUCUAUUGGAGCAACAGAAAAUACCUCUGAGAAUGCCGACAGGCAUCGAUCCCAAGACUAUCCUCAACUCGUGUUACCGCGCGAAACCGCGAAUGACCGGACCGGUUGCGACCGCGGCGGCGGCGGCGGCGGCGGCGGCUGCGGCAGGCGGUGGUGUUCCAGUGGUGGGUGCCGGGGGCGGCAGGAGGACUUACACCGAGGAGGAGCUGCAGGCCGCCCUCAGGGACAUCCAGAGCGGCAAGCUCGGCACGCGGAGGGCGGCGGUCAUCUACGGGAUACCGCGUAGCACUCUGCGCAACAAGGUCUACAAGCUCGCGAUGGAGCGCGAAAGGGACGCGUCCCUGACUAGCACCCAUUCACACCCUCACGAGCCCGGCGCCCCAGCCACCACCACCACCACCAUCACCACCACCACCACCACCACUACUACUACUACAACACCAAAUACGACCCAAAACGCCUCCGCGACCACUCCGCCCCCGCAAGUGGACGAGGUGGACGACAAAGAAUUGUCCGGUGCGGAAGAGGAGAAGGAAGUCGAGAAGGCCCUGCUGAAACCUCUGCUCUCGUUGGAGGAUCUCGUAAGGUUUUCCACGCUCGAGGGUGCCGGCGGUGAUUCCCUCAGAAACUUGCUGCAACGGGGACACGAGACAGCCGAAUGGCCGGGACUGGAACACGCGAACAUCGGUCCCUACAUUCAAAAGAUGUUGGCUGCCGCUGCGCCAAUAGGCGCAUUGGAUACGCGAGACUAUCGCAUACCCGAAGUGAUGAGGAAGCUGAUGAGCGAGGACAAGAGGCUGAACAAGAACGUGAACGGUGACCAGUCCCAGGCGCAUCACCAUCAGCACCAUCCUCUUGCCGCGCAUCAGCAGACGCAGCAGCAGCGCGGGCCCAUGACGAACGACGACUUCAAUCCCAACAUCGAGGAAGAGGCCAGCGACAGCGCUCAGGGCAGAGCGAUAUUGAAGAUUCCGUCCUACAAGCCCGCCAGCACGCCGGGCUGUUCCAGCAAGAACGGCGAGCCGACUUCCGCCGCGUUCGCCCAGAGCUUCGCGGCUGCCGCCUCGAGUCCGGGCCUCCUGGAGCGAGCUAGUCCAGCGUUCUCCGGCACCAGCAGCCCCACGAAUUCGUUGGUGGGCAAAGCGGUGGCCGUCAAUUUCCGCGACGUCAUCGCCAAGAGCAUCAGCGUCAAGUUCCAAGAGGGCCAAACGCCCAGCGCGGCCGGCAUACCGGGCUGCCAAUCGGCCGGCGUGCCAUCGCAGCAGGCCAUGAUGACAGACCCGAGUCCGUUCAAGAGGGGUCGUUACACACCUCCGCAGCCGCCGCAGCAACAGCAACAGCAGUCGCCGGCGCAGCAAUCCAAGCAGCAGUCGCAGGACGCGAACAAAGCGAAGCCGGGCACCGGCGGCAAGGGCACCAGACCUAAGCGCGGCAAAUACAGAAACUACGACAGGGACAGCCUCGUCGAGGCGGUACGCGCGGUUCAGCGCGGCGAGAUGAGCGUGCAUCGCGCUGGCAGCUUUUACGGAGUUCCGCACUCCACCCUUGAGUACAAAGUCAAGGAGCGGCAUCUCAUGAGGCCGCGCAAGAGGGACCAGAAGCAACCGGACGACAAGUCGAAGGAGACCGCGACGACGGCGGCGGCGGCGGCGGCGGCCGCGGCGAUGCGGCCGGGCACUGCUGGCGUCGACAAGAAGCCACAGUUGAAGCCGCAGAAACCGUUCACGCCGCCCGGCGGUAUACCCGGUCCGAAUGGACUGAAAAUGCCUCCGUUCAUGGAGGGCAUGCCCCACCUGCCGUUCGCACCCUUCAACUUCUGGAACCCGACGCCCUUCAUGCCCUCCCCCUUCAUGAGUGGCGCGCCGAACGUGCCGAUCCUUUCGGAACAAUAUUUCGCGUCGCAGAGAAUGCGCGGACUGCAGGAGCAACAACGAAACGCCACGAUGGUACAGCAGCAGCAGCAGCACCAGCAACGAGACCGAGACCGAGACGGGGUUGGCGUAUCCGGAUCGGCAGACGCGGCCGGAACUUCGAACUCUCGAAGCGCUUCGAUGGCGAAGGCGCCGCGCGACAUGGUGGAGAGCGUCUACGACGGGCCCGGGGCGAACGGCAGUUUCCUGGACAAUCUGAUCAGGUCGAGCCUUGAGACAGGCAUUCCAAGGGACCAGCGAGCGAUAACGGAGGCGAGGAACCAGCAGUCGUCGUCGCAACAUCCGGAAACGAUGAGCAGCAAGACUCUGAUCGAUCAGCUCUGCAGAAAUUCGAGGAGAACCCCGCUGCCGCGGAUGGCGCAAGACAGUAGCGAGGACGAGAGUUAUCGAGGACCAACGGGCAGGAUGGUGCCAGAGAGACCGGAGCGCGUGCCCACGGUCGAUCUCAGCCCCUCACCGUCGGAGAGACGCACGGAGGACGGCAGCGAUCGGCUGACGUCACCGCCGACGCCUCUGUCCAUCUCCCGGGCGGGUAGCAGGGACGAGGACAGCACCCGUGACUCGAGGAUCGAUCGCAGUAGCAGAGAGCGCGAGGUUCACAACGGCGGCCAGGAGGAUCGCGACCGGAAGCAGCCUCUGAGCCUGCAGCAGCAGCAAUCACAGCUGAAUCACUACCCGGACUUACACAACCUCUACGCCGCGUCAACUGACAAAAAAAGUGCCUGUGAUAGUAAGCUUAUAGUAGAUCAUUCGAGCCAGAAGACUCAGCCGCAGCAACAACAAAAGGAAUACGCUGCCGUGAGCGGGCUGGUCGUGCAACUGCAGAGGGGCUACAACACCGCGAGCAGCAGAUCCGGCGAGCCGACUAACAGCCAGCAGCCGGCGGCGGCGGAGCAGCGCGGCGCCGCGCUCAGCAUGGAGGACUCCGUAGAGUAGACGAAAGUCAGUAUCAGUUAUCAGUAAAGUAUACAGUUAUGAGUACAGUAAACAAAAGAAAAGACCCAUAUACAGUAAGCCCACAUUCCCGCCCAGAUCUCUCACACACGCACCGAACCCGUGCGCCUUCUCUCGUUGUUGCGCGCCGCGAACGGGGCUUCCCUUCGCGCUCGCACAAUUUUCCCAAUCUCGCCCAAGUGUCUCUCGGGCAAGAGGGGACGAUUUUAGGGAGGUAAAAAAAAAAAAAGAAACCUCCUCGCGCGCCGAAUGAUCGAUUCGAGCACAGGGACGAAGGGAAUCCUCAAAUACCGUCGCCAACGCCGAUAAUACCCCCUCGAUUGUCCCACGAACCCCCAACCACCUGCUCCACCCCCCCCCCUCACGACCUCUCUAUUCCGAUCGGAAGAAAACCUCGAGCGUUGCGAGGCAAAGUCCAGUGCGAGAAGGGGAGAACAAAAAGAGUGGCGAUGCAUAAAUGCUAAGCACAACUUACCCGUAAACCCACUGCGAUUCCGCCAGUUAGCGCAUACCCGCCGUACGAACCCGCGUCCGGCUGGCCCCCACGGCCAACCUAGGUAGGUUAGGCGCGCGUGCAGGAAAACCCUUUCGACUUACGGCGAAAGUACAUUUCGCAUUUCGGAGUAUACCGAGAAACGUAACGGAUUAAAAAAAAAGACACACGCGACAUGUUCAUCGUGCCGAGUAUUCACACGCGACACGCUUUUAGUAGACGCAAGGACCCAUUCUGACCGCGUUUCUACAAGCCCGACAUUCCACGAGACUUUCUCACACACUCAGCGACACUUACACAUACAUACAUACAUACAUACAUACAUACAUACAUACAUACAUACACACACAUCAUAUAUACAAACGAGUACAUAUUACGCGAAGUAUACAAAAAUGGGGAACAUAACGAGAUACUUAGGCGUUGCGCGCGUCGUGCACGUGUCGUGUUACAAGCGGCGUAGCCGAGAUCCUUCUUUCGCGUCAAGCAUCGCCGAGUCGCAUCGCGGAUUCCGGCAUUUCGCGCCGAUGCGAAAUCCAUUUCCACGACGGACGCGGAGACCCGAAGUCUCGGUGAUACACGUUUUACCGCCCCGCGACCGUCGUGGCACUGGCCGCCAGCCGGCGAGGGAGGCUCGGCUCGCGACACGCAUGUGGGCACGCGCGCAACGCGAAAUGUUAGCCGUUCGAUGAUUAUUAUUACGAUUAUUAAUUACUGCAAACCACUAAUCAAUCGGUGGACGACGACGAAAGGUCAAACGAUGGAACAAAAAUGCCGACGCGACAGCAUAUUUUUUUCCUCUGUGAGUGUAAAACUACCUAAUGCAAAAAGAAAAAAAAACUUAUUAUCUACUAUUUAAACACUACUUAACUAAGGAAGCGACAUAAUUAUAUAAGGAAUAAUAUAUUAUAUAUACAUAUAUUUUUUGGUCAUUAACGAAACGUGUGCGAAGCGAGAACGAGCCAAGGCUUUUGUUGGCGCGCGCAGGUGACGCGUUUUUCUUUUUCACGAGGCGACAAUAUUUCUAUAAUCUCGUUUAUUUCGAGGCCAGCGUUCCACGUGAAUGCGUCCCACGUUUCGGGCGUAAACAUGGCAAAACGGGAGGAAUGCAAAGAAAAAAAAAAAUACCGGGAUGCGAUCUUUGUUGUUAGGAAUUGCCUAUAAAAUUGUGAUCUUUUUGUCCGAACAAUCAGUGUAAUGGCAUGUUCAAGAUGAAUGCCCACGCUUUGUCUAUGGAAUUCUUUUCUUUUGUGGAGGAUUUAUGUAUAAUGAAUAGCGUGAAAAAUUCAUUCUAAUAUUUUCUAAUAUUUUAUAAUUCUAAUAUUUUUUAAGCAUAAAAUGUUUCGAGCUUUUUGAUAUACGCAAAAAGAAUAAAAGAAUUUUAUUUUAGGAAUUUAUUUUAAGAAUUUGUAAGUAUUAGAAGUAGCAUCUAGUUACAAAUUUAAAAUAAUAUCAGUUAGUUGUAUUGCUUUAAUCCUCUGUUUCGCAUGGAAAGUUCAAAGAAGAAAGUAAUUUCACAAGCUCUUUUUUUGUAAGCAAUUACGGCCACGAAGAUCGCGAUCUUUCGGCGUCACGCUAUGGAAUUAAAUUGGUCCGAAUCCAGGCAGAGCUAGAAAGAUGCAAACGCGAAAAAAAAAGGAUCAGAACGUGGGAUAAGAGAGGAAAGGAUACUGUUGCAUUGCGCGCGCGCGCGCGCGCCGGCUCUCGAUUCGGUUUCUCCGAUACCGGAAGCGCAGACGUUUUUUCUUAAAGCGCGAGACGCCCACUUUUUGAUACGAAUACAAAUUUUCUACUGCGUAGAGAGGAAGAAGAGAGAGAAAAAGAAAGAUAAAAAGAAAGCUGCGGUUGCAGUAGCGCGAGGCAGUGAGUUAUAUCGUUUCUUCGCAAGGGAAAAGACUUACUAAACCUAGGAAUGUUUUAAUCUCUGUUUUCGUUUCUCACACAUCGCGGCUCCCGCGAGAGCGAUAUAUAAUGCAUUAGGGGGAACCAGCAGAUUCAUCGUGACGCGUCGGGACGGAUUUUGGGCAGACACUUCGAGAGCGCGCGCGUCUCGAUCGUCCGCCGCCGGUUUGAAGUGACGACGACACGAAUUAUCGAACGAAUGACGAACAUCGACGUUUUUAAGCGGCUACACGUCUCUUUCUCAUUUGAUUUUCUUGCGGAUUCACGCGGUCAUGCACGUCCAAUUGUGCUCGCGAUUGUGAUAUAGAAAACAUACUCGAGAGUUUAGACAUUACGAUAAGUUUUCGGGUUCGAGAAAAACUCUUGAAAUCUUGAUAAAAGAAUUUUUAUCAAUCGAUAAUUAUCGUAAGAAAUAAAUAACUUUAAAUGUCGAUACGCGACUCUCAGUAGAAAUUUUGUCUGACGAUUCAAUUAAGAUGAUAAUUUAACUAGAAUAAACAUGUUUAUAGUCCAGACUUAAAAAUAUUUUCAAUUUCAACUACGUGUAUAUUGAAAACAUUUCUAUUGAAAUCUGUAAUAGAACUUUACUUGGAAUUAAUAUAUAUUUUCUUAAGAAAAUCUUUUUAUAAAAAGUAUCCAAGUUGUUCAAUUAAAAGUUGAAAUUUUCUUGCUCCCUCAGCAAUUUAACGACGUGCGCGACUGACGUCGCAUGAUUUUCGGUAAAAUUGAGUUUCACAGAGAGACGAUCCGCGGAAUUAGUAUUAAAAGGACGAUUUCGUCAUUUCGUUAACAUAAUAGGCAGACCGUUGGACCAAGACGAAAUCGACGGAGACGAAAGCCGGAGUAGAAAGGAUCGGAGGCCAGACGAACGCGAGAAAACGGCGAACACACAAAAAAAAAAGAAAAAUAAAAUGGUGCUGUAGUGCGGGCCAGGAUUUCCUAUUUUUUCUCGCAUAGUCGAAAAGCGUAGUCGCGGGAAAAUGACGCGAAUAAAUAAAACGGAAAAGAAGAGGAUAUAGAGCAGCAGCAAGAAACGAAAAAGGAUGAUCCACACGCACUCAUCUCAUGACUCUCUUUAAAAGUAACGACUGAAAGACUCUAGGCUGUACAUAAAGUAUAAGGCAUGUAUGUUCGGUGUUUUAAAAAUGCAAAAAUUCCUUAUUAAUGCAAAAAAAAUUAUACCUACGAAAAAAGUAAACCAUAUAGGCAAGGCUACUCUCUCGGUGUUUUUUGGAACUAAACUUAAAAUUUACCCUAUUUAAAGCAAAAAAACCGUGAAUAAUGUAACUUUAAAGGAAGCGCGCGUAAACGCGGAAACAAGUUAUUGAGUGUAAACGUUAAGGUCUCCUUAGGGUUAAAAAAAAACAAGCUGAACAGCAACAAAGCGAAAUGCAAGCUAAUUAUGAUUGUGUGUAAACGUAAAUUUAAACCUUCCUUCGCCCUGUGUCCGCUAAGUCACUUUUUAACUGUCCACCACCACCACCACCACCACCACCUGUGUCUCUCUUCCCUUUAUUCCUCCUCACCUUUUAACUCCUUCACUUCCUCGCAGACACACCCUUGAUGAAGUAUAUAAAUCACUCACGGUGUGAUCUGACCUACUCGAUGCCUCGAAAUCUUUUUUCUAAAUGUUCACCAGGCAUUACUAUGCGAAAAGGAGGGAAAUAUGUUUAUACACUUGUUCUGACCACUAACUCACCCGUCCCUUACCCACCCUCCCACAACCUAAAGCCCCCCCCCCCAAACUCUUAUACCCGCAAAUUCGCAUCACCGACACACCCAGAAAAUCUCAAGCCCGAUACCCUUUAUCGAAAGAUUUAUCGUUAGAUGUGAAAAAAAAAA